UUGGGUUGCUUAUAGACCCGGCGUGGAAGACGUGUGAGUGAAACAGAGACGAGAAGAAACGUGGAUAAAGGAGAAGGAAGGAGAGAGAGAAGAAGAGCGCGGGAAGAUGUUGGACAUUGUCUUAUUCCGGGAGGAUCAGGGCGGCAAUCCCAACCUAGUAAGGGAGUCCCAGAAAAGGCGUUUUAAGGAUGUGAAGGUCGUCGAUACUGUCAUUGAACUGGACACGAAAUGGAGAGCGGCUCGACACAAGGGAGAUGUCCUGAACAGGAUGGUGAACGUCAUCUCAAAGACCGUCGGAGAAAAAAAGAAGGCAAAGGAAGCUGAAGGAACAGAGACAAACGUACCGGAUGAAAUCAAGACGAAGUUGACAGAGCUCACCAUGGACCUCUUACGACCACUCACAGUUUCCCAGCUGAAGGAGGUCAGGAAGCUGGUUGACGAAGCCAUGGCCCAGAACAACGAGGAGCUUGUCAAGACAGAGAACGAGAGAGACUCCAUCCUGAAGGAGAUCGGAAAUCUUGUUCCAGACGAUGUGCCCGUCAGUGACAAUGAGGAUAACAAUGCCAUUGUGAGAACAUUCGGCGAAGAGACCAAAAAGAAGUAUUCACAUGUCGAUCUGAUAUCCAUGAUUGGUGGUGUUGAUAGCAAGCGUGGAGCUGUGACCUCAGGUGCCCGUGGCUACUACCUCAUGGGCCCAGCUGUGUUCCUCGAGCGCGCGAUUGUGGAGCUGGCCCUGAGCUUCCUCAACAAGAAGGGCUACACUCCCUUGGUGACGCCCUUCUUCAUGCGCAAGGAGGUCAUGCAAGAGGUUGCGCAGCUCUCGCAGUUCGACGAGGAGCUCUACAAGGUUCUGGGGAAGGGAGAUGUUCCCGGAUCAGAUCUUGUGGAUGAGAAAUACCUCAUUGCCACUUCAGAGCAGCCUAUUGCAGCCUUCCAUCGGGAUGAGUGGAUCCCUGUUGAUCAGCUGCCUAUCAAGUAUUCGGGUUUGUCUUACUGUUUCCGCCAAGAGGUAGGCUCGCACGGGAGAGACACCAGAGGCAUCUUCAGGGUGCACCAGUUCCAGAAGGUAGAGCAGUUCUGCCUGACGUCACCCCAUGAUGGAGCUUCAUGGGCCAUGAUGGAAGAGAUGAUCACCAAUGCAGAGGACUUCUGCAAGGCCCUGGGGAUUCCCUACCGCGUGGUCAACAUUGUGUCUGGUGAACUCAAUAACGCAGCUGCCAAGAAGCUCGACUUGGAGGCGUACUUCCCUGGAUCAGCCGCCUACAGGGAGCUGGUGUCUUGCUCAAAUUGCCUCGACUACCAGUCAAGGAGACUAAAGGUCCGUUAUGGAGCGACCAAGAAGAUGAACACUGCGGUUGAGUAUGUGCACAUGCUGAAUGCCACCAUGUGCGCAACCACGAGAGUGAUUUGUGCCUUGUUAGAGAACUACCAGACUGAGGAUGGCAUUGUUGUCCCAGAUGCCAUUAAGCAGUAUAUGCCAGAAGCCUACAAAGAAUUCAUUCCCUUCAAGUAUCCAGCACCAAUUGACGAGGAAGCAGCGAAGAAGAAAAAGAAGGGGGGAGGAAAGAACAAGCAGGAAGAGUGAUAUUAAACGGAGGCGGAAAGAACGUCAAUAAAAGAACGCUUACCUUAAUUGAUGCUUCACUGAUGUAAAGAAUUGUAUUGAUGAUAACGAUAAAUUAAAUUUUUCUCCAGCUUUAUUUAUUAGAUGAUGAAAAAAAAAGGUUCUCAAAAGGGUAAGCUUCAUUUAAUCACAACAUAAAUACUAUUUUUUAAUUUAUAUUUAUGGAUGAUUUAGUAUAGUGGUGAGAAUGUUAUCUUGGGCCAUUAUCAAAGCAUGUUUGGUAUAAAGUAAUUUUGAAAUAAACUGUUACAA